AUGGCAGGAAGCAGGUCCAGGGAAUGGAAUGGAAACCACACCACUGUGACCAUGUUUGUUCUCCUGGGACUCUCAGAUGAAGGACAGUUGCAGCUCAUCCUCUUUCCAGUCUUUCUAGGGAUUUACAUUUUGACCUUGACCUGGAACCUGGGUCUCAUUCUACUAAUCAAGAUGGACUCCCAUCUGCAUACACCCAUGUACUUCUUUCUCAGCUUCCUAUCAUUUACAGAUAUCUGCUAUUCUUCUUCCAUUAGUCCAAGGAUGAUUUCAGACUUCUUAAAAAGCAGAAAAGAGAUUUCCUUUUUUGCCUGUGCUGUUCAAUAUUUUGUCGGGGCUUGGAUGGGGCUGGCUGAGUGCUGCCUCUUGGCCACCAUGGCCUAUGACCGAUAUGUUGCUAUUGGUAACCCUCUGCUGUACUCAGCCAUCAUGGCCCCUGGAUUCUGUGGGAAGAUGGUUGCUGGGUCCUCUAUGAGUGGUUUCUUUUGUAGCUUAGUUCUAACAGUCUCUUGCUUUCAUCUCUACUACUGUGGGCCAAAUAUCAUUCAAAAUUUCUUCUGUGAUGUACCUCAGGUUAUUUCCUUGGCUUGCUCUAAUCCCUUAUUCAGCCAAAUAGUUCUUCUUCUAAUAGCUGUAUUUGUUGGGUUUGGUUCUUUAUUUGUUAUAUUCUUCUCCUAUGGUUUUAUUACAGCUUCUGUCCUGAAAAUGCCCUCAGUCAAGGGCAGGUCCAAGGCCUUCAAUACCUGUGCCUCCCACCUGGUGGCUGUGACACUCUUCUAUGGCACAGCCCUCUCUGUGUACAUGCGUCCCAGCUCUAACUGCUCCCUGGAGCAGGACAAGGUGCUGUCAGUGUUCUAUGUCAUUAUUAUCCCCAUGUUAAACCCUCUGAUCUAUAGUUUGAGGAACAAGGAGAUAAAAGAGGCCCUCAAGAGGGAAAUAAAGGGGGCAAUGGGUUUACCUCAGUAA